AGCUUGCUGAAAGAGAUUCCUAUGGAGAGCAUUAUCAACUGAGCAUGUGGGAGGAUCAGAGCGACUCUCCAUUCGCUUUUCUAUAGCAGAGACGUCAGAGAUAGAAAGGUCAGAAGAAGGAGGAAUUGCUGAAAAUGAACAGGAAGGAAUUAUACAGUCCCAGAUGUGUGGCAUCUGGAGAGAAUCAGUAGGAGAGAUGGCUGGAAAAUUAAACAGAGGAGUAAGGAUAGCAGGGGAAGAAACAACCUGAAGAUCAGGAGGCUGCAGUGACAAGCACUGCUUCAUCCAUUCAUCCCCGUCAGGAGCGCCGGUUCUCUCCAUCAACUGACGCAGCAGAGUCUUCACUACUAGCCGGUAAGUGCGCUGGGAAAACGUUUGGCUGAUUGACAUACAACCUUUGACAUUUUCCUUACAAAAAUAUGUCACAACACAGCACAGCUGAUCCACACCCACCUUUUCUAUUUCCUUGUACACGACAAGGAUUCCACACAGCUGUUAUAAUGCUGUCAAGAACAAUGGUGAAGAUAAAAUAACAGGAAAAAGGCUUUUAAUCACCAAAAACACACACUGAACAGAAUGCAGGACUCUACACUGCAGAGUUUUAGUGGACGUCACAAUCCACACUGAAAGGCAUUCCUUCCUAAAGUGUAUUCAACCAUCUUGGUUAAAAGAUUCAAGAAAAAAUGGACAAGCCAUUUAAUUUGCCUUCAGAUAUCAUUGACUGGACUAAAGAAGAUGUGAGGUAUUGGAUUACAGAAUGUCUAAAGAUUGGCCAAGAUGAAGGAGAUAUUUUGUACAGAGAGAAUGUGACUGGAAGAGUACUAAACCUGUUUUCAAAAGAAGACUUUUCAAAUAUUAAAAUUACUUAUGGUUCAGCUAAGUUAAUAAUGCACCAAUUGACCCAGAUGACCAAGGAUAGAAAACAAGGACCAGCAGAUCUUGAUAAAAAUUUUAUAGCUGUAAAGAAGGAUCCAACAACGAAACUGCCAAAGAAAAAAAAUGAGAAGCAAAAAAGAGCAGAUCAUGAAGCAACUGUGAAUGAAGGUGAAGAUCAACCAAGAGAAAUAUUGAGUGCUACUGAAGUGACACUGAAGUGUUCAGAAGCUGAUCUCAGUUGUCGAAAAGUGACUUGUACACCCUUCCCUUUUGAUAGCAAUCAUGGCAGCAAACGGUACACUCAACACCAUUUUCUAAUGCCAGAAGCUGGCACCUCUAAUUAUACUGACCCAGUGCAUGAGUACAAGGAAUAUACCAACACAGAAACAGCGACAGAUGAGGAUAAAAAGAUGAAGUUUUGCAAUGAAGUUUUCAGGUUUGCAGCUGCAUGCAUGAAUGUCCGGACCAAUGGAACCAUCCAUUUCGGAGUACGGGACAAACCUCAUGGGGAAAUUAUUGGUGUUCAUAUUGUUGACAGAGAACUGUAUGGCAAGUAUUUUUACCAAAUGAUAAACAAAUAUUUUGAUGAAAAACAAAUUUCUAAAGCCAAGCAGUGCAUUCGUCCACCUCGCUUGGUUGAUGUACUACAUGAAGAAAACACACAGUCUGAUCUAGUUGUUAUAGAAGUAGAUAUAGUUCCUGAACACACCUAUUGUAAUUCAGAAAUAUUUCAUACUUACCAAUUCAGUUGCACUGAUCAGAAAUGGAUGAAAAAUAAGGAAAUCUGUUGCUUUGUAAGAGACGGAGAGAGCUCUAAAGACAUUUUAGCAAAUGUAAAACAAAGGGAUGCAGACUUGAAAAUGUUUUACUCCAAGAUGAUAGAGAGGGACAAGGCCAGAAAAGAAGCAGAAGACAACCAAAAAAUAAUACAAAACUUUAAGGCGGAACAGGGCCACAAACUUGUACGUUUAAUAACAGGAAAUCGAGACACACUGGACAAUUCUUAUUUCAAGUGGUACAUUUUGGUAGCAAAUAAAUGUCAUGAAAGUCAUACAAAACAUCUGGAGUUUCUGCAUGAAAUUCCAUGGUUUGCCGUUCUGGAUUUUGAUCCUGACUCUUGCACAAAUGGUUUAUGCAAAGUUUACAGAGAAAAAAGAGGAGCAAAUUUGCAUUUUCCACAUCAAUUUCAAAAUAUGGAUAGUGUCACGGUUGAAAAGCUUGACGAGCACAAACUCUCCCAGCAAACCAGUUGGAUCUUCUGUAAUGGGAGGCUAGAUCUUAACAGUCAAGAAUAUAAACCCUUAAAUAAUAAAUUAUGGCAUAAAAAGAAAGCGGCAGAAGUUAGACGCAUGGUUUCUUUUCUCUGCAGAAGAGAUCUGAUGCAACCUGGGAAAUUUCUUGUUGUGUUUUUGUUGCUUUCCACUGUUGAAGACCAAGUGGAUCCCAUGAAUGAAGUUUUUAGUGCGUUUUAUCAGGAACUCGGUGGUAUGACUGACAUCCUGUGUAUUUGCGAAAAUGAACAAAUCUUUCAUGGAUGGCGAGAUCUACAAUCUAAAAUAAUAAAUGAGGAGGAAAUGGAAGACAGGUGUAUUUACACCUUGGACAUUGAGAAUGUAAAUGGGACUCUCCUGAAAUUGAAAUCCAAUACUCGGUCUUCUAACCGAUUCCUGCCAUCUCAUGGUGGAUCAUCAAUUAUUCUACAGAGGAAAGAUGAAGAUCUUAUGACUUUUCUAGACAUCCUUUGUACUAAUGAAUGCCGUGAUACAGAAAUAGAGAAAAACGAGUCUAAAUUUAAGGAGUUCAUAAAGCUUCAAGAAGAGAAUUUCUAUAGAGGAGGCAAAGCCACUUGCUGGAAUUUUUACUUCUCAUCAGAACAAUACACUGGACCCUUCAUUAAAAGAGACAACUAUGAAAAGUUAAAACAUUUGAUAGAAUCCUCAAACAGUGAGAAAAGCAGUGUAAAAACAAUAACUCUCUAUCAUCAUCCUGGCUGUGGAGGAACUACCACAGCAAUGCAUGUACUUUGGGAACUGAGAGACACAUUCCGAUGUGCAAUUUUAAAGAGAAAGACGGAUAGCUUUACAGAUAUUGCAAAAGAAGCAAUCAUGUUAGCAACUUAUGCAUCAGCUAACACUGCAGACCAUUAUCCAGUUCUGCUCCUAGUUGAUGAUUUUGAAGAAGAAGAAAAUGUAUUUAAUUUGGAGAGUUGCUUCAGGACAACAAUUGCAGAAAAAGCCAUAAGAUAUAAGAAACCAAUGGUGAUUAUUUUACACUGUAUGAGGUCACAGAACCCAGAAGAAAGCUCCAAGACUUACUGCACCAAAAGUGUUGCUUUGAUUCAUAAACUUUCUGAACAAGAGAAGAGAGCCUUUGAAACGAAAUUAAAGGAAAUUGAACAACGCCAUGAAAAGCCUGAAGACUUUUAUUCCUUUAUGAUUAUGAAAAGAGAUUUUGAUGUUAAAUACAUAGAAAAUGUGGUAAGGAAUGUAUUAAAAGAUUUAAACAAUGCAAGCAAAGAAUCUCAGCUGAUCUCAAUUCUGGCCCUACUAAACAAAUAUGUGAAUGACUCCACAAUUUCUGUUUCUAUGUGUGAGGAGUUCCUUGGAAUAACAGCAAGACAGACCUUCUGGGGCCCUGAAAGCAUAGAAGAAAAAUUAGGUGGAUAUUUUGCUCUCUUACUUCGAACUGAAGUUGAAGAAUAUGGGGGCUACCAAGGACUACGGAUAAUUCACCCACUUAUAGCAAAGCAAUGCAUAGAGGAAUUAAAGAAAACAUAUAACAUGCUGCAGAGUAGCAUCAUGUUAAACAUGUUAAAAACCAAUUUAUUCUAUGAAACUACGAUUGGAAGAGAUAUAUUUGCAAAGAAUAUGCAAAGCUUGCUGGUGACAAGACAACGAAAAGAACACGGAGAUGAAACAGACACACUAUUUUCCCCUUUAAUUGAAGAAAUACAGAAAGACGAGGGUCACAAAAGUGUGGAAACUGUUCUUGAAGAAGGAACCGAGCGAUUCAACCAGAAUCCAUACAUAUUACAAGCACUGGCAAGAUAUUUUUACAUCAGAGAGAAAGACAUUGAUACCGCCUUCCAAUGGGCAAAGAAAGCAAAACAACUGUCUCCAACAAAUUCUUACAUUUUAGAUACUCUGGGUCAGGUAUACAAGACUCAGUUAAAAAUGAUGAUGUCUAAGAAAAGCAAUAUGUGCUUAAGUGCAGCAGAUUUGAGAGCACUUCUGGAAAUAGCAGAAAAUGCAUCAAAAUCCUUCAAAGCCUGCCAAGAACAAACAGAAAAGAUAGAGACUGAUAGAGAUGAUUUUGCGCCCAAAAAGCUAAAAAGUUAUCAUGUCUACAACACUGCAGGAUACUUGGGACAGAUAGAAGUUUGUCUUUGUACAGUGGAUAUACUCUUGAAGCUACCAUGGUUCAACACAAAAGAUGUCAUCUCACGAAAACACUUGAGGCAGUACCUAUCUGGAAAAUGGGACAUAUCAGUCGACAAUGCCAGUAAAAGCCAUGAGGAAAUCUGUGGCGUGUUACAAGACUUCAGACACUUUCUAACCAAGUUAAAAUCAUGCUUAAAGGAAACUUUUGACUUUUUUGAUGACUAUUUUACAUUUUUUAAACAAAAGAGCUUUACAAAGGAAACCUCUGAAUUCAAAAUACGAGAAAACAUUAAUGUUUACUACAAAAAAUACAGACGAUUACUCUGUAAAAUUGAACCGUUAGCAGAUGACACCGCUGUCCAAAAAAAGAGUCUGCCAUUGCUUGUACAGAAUUACAGACUAUGUCUGGAGUCUUACAAGGCUGAUAGGUUUUCUGGAAUUUUGCAGUAUCUUAAUAGUUCUAAAAAAGAUGUGGAAAAAAUGGAAUCUAUUGUAAAUGCAUACAGGUACCUUUUGGAGAAAAGCCCAGACACUUGCAGUCAUAAAGACAAACAAAACUUAAUUUUGGCAAAUAUUGUGCUUCAUUGCAUUUCUCCAAAAUCUGACAAAAUUGCACCAAUUGAAAAACUGAAAGAGUAUCUCAGAGAGAUUUUGCAGACCAUCGGCUUUGACCACAAGUCUUCAGAUCCUUACUUUUUAGCCUCGUUACUUUUCUGGCCUCAAGACAAGUAUCUCCUGGAUAAGGAUUCUAAACUCAUUGCCAAGUGUAUCAACUCAAUGAGAAGAUCAUCUAGGGGUCAGUAUCGACAUAUGCACCACACCAAGUACCCAAUUGCCCAUUUCUACUUAGCCAAUAACAAGGGCUUGAAAAGAUUUGUUCACAAAGGAAGGAUCGACCAAGGUUUUCCGGCUGUGCCACCAUCACAUUUAAAUUCCCUCUGGCACGGAGGAGAAAUAUGGAAAGAAUCUGAAACAAAUGACUUGCUUUGCCGUGUCCAAGGUAGAAUUGAGGAUGACUCUAUCAUUGUGGAGUAUGGUAGUGAUGAUGAAAGAGUUACAAUCUCUGUAAGAGCUGCUCACCUUGGAGAACUAAGAAGUGGUAAAAGUAUUGAACUAGUGUCUUUCUAUUUGGGGUUUUCAAUUGGCGGCCCAAUAGCCUAUGGCAUUGAAAGGAUGUCAAAAUAGUCAUGAAUGAAAUAUGGAGUUUUCAAUUUGGGCAAAUAUUGGCAAUAAUCUUCACAUUUUGGUGGCUUAUGAUGGUUUAUGGAGUAAGAGUAAACGUCUGCAUUUUUAUUGGGGUUCUCCUUGAUGUACUCCCUAUUAUUCAUGUCACACUAUAUCAGAAAAUUCCUACGUGUCUGUGAAGGUUCUAAUUUACCCACCAAAUUGUAUAUCUUUGUAGUAGUUAAAGCGGAGUUCCACCCAAAAGUGGAACCUCCACUUUAAGCACUCCUCUCCCCGACAUGCUACAUUU